AUGCAAAGAGAGGGGAACAUGAAAAUCAGAGGGAUAUAUUUUUUUCUCCUCGGUUUAUGGAUUUUUUCGGUGUGUGAUUGUAAAAGGGAUAUAGGGGACUUGUUAAAUUUUAUUGGUAGAAAAAAGGCGUUUAGUAUGGGAAAAAGAAAAGAUACGAAAUUUUAUAUGGAGGGAAAUAGAACAAAGGUAGUAAUAGGCGAAGAAAAGGAAUUUGCAUUAAAUGAUGAUAAUUAUAUAAGAGAAUUGAAAAAUGUAAAAGUAAAAAGAAAUAUAAGCGAAGCUUUACAUAUGGCUACAUAUGAAGAGAUGAAGAGAGACAAGAAUGUAUAUGUAUUAGGUGAAGAUGUCGGGUUAUAUGGAGGUUCCUAUAAAGUUACAAAAAAUCUAGCUCAUUUUUUUGGUUUUGCAAGAGUAUUAGAUACUCCAAUAUGUGAAAAUUCUUUUAUGGGUUUAGGUAUAGGAUCAUCUAUAAAUGGACUAAGACCAAUAAUUGAAGGAAUGAAUUUAUCCUUUUUGAUAUUAGCAUUUAAUCAAAUAUCUAAUAAUGCAUGUAUGUUGAGAUAUAUGUGUGAUGGGCAAUUUAAUAUACCUAUUGUUAUUAGAGGACCUGGAGGGGUUGGAAAACAAUUGGGACCUGAGCAUUCGCAAAGAAUAGAAUCAUAUUUAAUGAGUAUACCAGGAAUAAAAAUUGUAUCUUGUUCUACACCUUUUAAUGCUAGAGGAUUAUUAAAAUCGUCUAUUAGAGAUAAUAACCCUAUAUUAUUUUUAGAGCAUGUUUUAUUAUAUAAUAUAGAGGAUGAUAUUCCUCUUUUACCAUAUACAUUACCUAUUGAUAAAGCAGAAGUAGUUAAAACAGGUAUACAUCUUACUAUUUUAUGUUAUGGUAUUACAAGACACAUUGCAAUGGAAGCAGCGAAAGAACUAAGUACAAUUAACAUUGAUGUAGAAGUAAUAGACUUAAUUUCAUUAAAGCCUUUUGAUAUGGAAACUAUAGAAUAUUCUCUUAAAAAAACAAAUAAAUGCUUAAUUUUGGAUGAGUCUGCAGGAUUUGGGGGUAUAGGAGCUGAAUUGUAUACACAAAUUGUAGAAAAAUUUUCUUCCUACUUAAAAAGAAAACCUGUUCGCCUAUGCACCAAAGAUGUACCUAUUGCUUAUUCUAAUAAAUUUGAAGACGCCUGUAUAGUAAAAAAGGAGGAUGUGGUAUAUAUGGCCACCUACAUGCAUUCCUAA